CGCUGAUUGGCCGGAGGAGGAGGAAGUGUGCUGCUCUUCCUGUGUUAUUUUCUAUCCCUUUAUUAAACCUUAACCUGUCUUUGUAUUAAAAGGCAGCUUUGACUGAAUGACGUAACCAUAAACGCACAUUCAAUCCUAAUGGUGACCAUAUAAAGAUGAAAUCCACCAAGAAGAAGUCUUUGCAAAACAAAGCAAAGAGAGGAGAGAAACAACAGUAUGUUCUCAGGGUGAAAACUGAAUGUGAACCAGAGGAGGAAGUGCACACUGGUAAUAGAGAGGGCCUGACCAUCCAAAUCAAGGAGGAACCACUAUCACAGGAGAUCAGUGAGGAGCAGAAUGGACACUCAUCAUGCUGCUCGGACACUAAGCAGGACACUGAGGCAUGCAGGUCAGAUGUUCAGCAACAAAUAAAGGAGGAGUGGGACUCUGAGCAUCAGCCGGAUCAUGAUCUCACUGAAGCUGCUGUAAAGGAGGAACCAGAUUCCUGGAUUAAAGAAGAGAGAGACAGUGAGGGGGAAGCAAGUCACAUCCAGGAUGGCGAGGGACAGGAGGACUGCAAAGAGUCACCGUCAGACUUCUAUCCUUGUCCUCACUGUGAUGUCUCCUUCACUGACCUGGACUUCCUGGAGAAGCAUGUCAAGUGGGUCCAUCAGAAGGAGUAUCUCGCCAAGCUGAAAAAAUGCCUCUCAAGCCGCGCAUUAAACCUCAUCCCCAAACACCCUUGCACCGUCUGCAGCAGCACCUUUACAUCUAAAGUAAACCUUAGGGACCAUAUACGUAAAGACCACCCUUCUGCCCCUCCUCGCAGACUCUUCCCCUGUCCAACUUGUGCGCGCAGCUUCCAGUACCUGAAGAAUCUGAAGAAUCACUGUCAACGCUGGCACAGCAUGUCCGUGGUGACCAAAGGAGGACAUCUCAGCUGCUCCAAGUGUGGAAAGAGUUUCAAAGCUACCUGGGGUCAAGGGCCGCAUUUGUGUCAUGAGCAGCAACACACAGAAGCCGAGGAUAAGCCAAUAUGUCUGAAUGUUGGUGUGCAGUGUCCAGAGUGUGGCAAGAUGAUAGGCACACCUCAAAGCCUGGAGGAUCACAUGCGCACACACACGGGUGACCGGCCGUAUGUCUGCAAGGACUGUGGCCGGAGGUUUGUGGAGCGCAGCGGUUGGAGGCAACACAUGAAAAUACACUUAGGGGAGAAGACAUACAAAUGCCAGGUGUGUGGGAAGGCCUUUUUAAGGUCGCAUCACCUCAAAUGCCACUUAACCACACACUCCGGGAAGAAGGAAUACUCGUGUUCUGAAUGUGGAAAGGAGUUUGGAUUCAAGUCAAGUCUGAAUCUCCACAUUAGGACGCACUUCAGUGAGAAACCUUUUCAUUGCAAUGUGUGCGGGAAGGACUUCAUCACCAAGAGAAACCUGAGGGUUCACUCCAAAGUCCACAACAUUGAGAAAGCUCACCAGUGCGGUGACUGUGGGCUGAAGAUUCGAGACUUUGGGGCUUUGAAAAUACACCUGCGGACACACACCGGAGAAAGGCCUUACCACUGCACAGUCUGCGGCAAUAGGUUCAUUCGCCUAUCACAUCUGCGGAACCACCAACGCAUACACACUGGAGAAAAACCCUACAAAUGCACUGAAUGCGACAAGAGUUUCAUUCAGUCAGGUGAUCUGGCGAAACAUAAGAGGAUACACUCUGGGGAAAAGCCCUUUGAAUGCCCAGAGUGCCACAAUCGUUUCACCUCGUCCGGUGAUCUGGGCAAGCACAGGAGGAGUCACACUAACCUGCGUCCCUACACUUGUGAAGAAUGUGGAAAAAGCUUUCGUUUGUCAGGACAUCUUAAAACUCACAUGUUAACUCACACAGGCGAGAAGCCGUAUUCCUGCCCUAACUGCCUGCGCAGGUUUGCUCGCUCUCAUCAUCUCUCUGGGCACGUGGCUAAAUGUCGCUGACUUUAAUAACUUUCCAAAUGGGUAUUUGUGUAUGAAUGCUGCAAUUGUACAGAGCUUUGGCAAUACUGUAUGGUCAUCAGUGUUGGGUGUAACGCAAAAGUAAUGGAGUUACAGUAAUGUAUUACUUUUUGCUGUAACGCAGUAAUAUAAUGCAUUUCUUAUGAAUUGUGGGUAAUAUAAUACUCGUUACAAUUCUCACAUCUUAACCCGAAAUGAUGUGGUGUUUUGUUUUUAAGAAUUCACCAACAUCGCGAGACAUUCCCACACCAGAGGAACAAUUGUGCAGGUAGAAUAGUAACUCAGUAAGCCUGUUUACUAUUGGUUAAGAGGGCUGCAGAAACAGAUUCAAGAUUGAGAGCUGCAGGCUCACAAUGCAGAGCUGCAGGAUCAGAGAAAAGAAAAACACAGGAGUGCGCGCAAACCAAAGCAACAGAAGGUAACUUUCUCUCGGUCUGCUGCUAAGAGACUUUUGGCAGAGUGUUGAAGAUAUGCAGAUUCUGUCCGAUGUGGAAUCGCCGGCUUUUAGAAAGCUUGUCAGCAAAAUCCCCGUUAACACACCAACGACAAGGUGAGCUAACGCUGCCAUAGAGACUCGUUCAUAUACAGCAGGUUACAGGGCCGUGCAGAGGCUCCACCAACAUGUUAUUAAUAACAAACAGAGACGUCAUGUUACCGGUAUCACAUAUUAUUCAGCCCACUUAAACGGAGCAUGAAUUUAGAAUCUAGCAUGAGUUUAAUUUCUAGCUAUUUUCCUCAUUUUCAGCAUGUACUGCCAGAUAGAUAGCUUUAAUUAAUCAGCUGCAAUAAACUACAUUUUAGCAUUUGAAGCCAUACUUUUGCAGUUAUUUUGGUGAAAGUAACUCAAAGUAACGCAAAAGUAGUGUAACGCAUUACAUUUCAGAGACAGUAAUUAUGUAAUGUAACUUAUUACUUUAAAAAGACAGUAAUAAGUCAUAUGUACUGUAUUACAUUUUGGAAGUAACUUGCCCAACACUGAUGGUCAUGCUAAUACAUGUAUUUGAAUUGAAUUGAAUAACAUGAUUGUAAAUAAGCUAUUCUGAUUUUGAAGUGGUUAUUAAGAGAUUUGUAUGUAAGUGUUUUCACAAAAUCAGAUCUGUACAUGAUUAUUUAUAUAAAAUGUCUGUACCUUUCUUCACUCAGAUUACACUUAUAAAGAAAAGUGGAAAACACACGUAUGGACAUUUUUGAUAUUGCAUGUAACUCAUGUUAAAGCCUUAUCCCAGGCCUUGUAUGAUUUCUGUGCAGGGUAGAUCUAAUCUGGUUUUGAAAAAGACUAUUAUAAUGAAGGCUUGUUGUCAUCGUAUGAGAUAAAGUUCAUGGAGACAUGCUGUUCAUGUACGGUUGUUUUCUUCACAGAACAAUGCUGUAUUAUUAGUAAAAAUGUAAUAAAUGAUUUGAUGAAUGCA